AUGUUAGCAGCUGCAAGAACCGCGUCCCGAAUAUUUCGCACCCUCACGGCCAGCCACCCGCCAUUCUCUAGCCUAAUAGACUCUCAAACCUCCCUCCCACCUGCCCAGUUACUCUCCCUCUCGUCCGCGCUCCAGACCACGAGGCGAAACAUGGCCUCGGCAGCGGCAGCCAAGCGGCUCGAGGGCAAGACCAUUGUCAUCACGGGGGCCUCGUCGGGGAUCGGCCGUAGCUGCGCUCUCGAGUUCGCUCGCACGGCGCCGGCGAACCUCCGGCUCGUGCUGACGGCGCGGCGCGAGGACGCCCUGCGCGAGCUCGCCGAGCAGAUCGGGGCCGAGGUCGGCGCCGGGGUGCGGGUGCUCGCCGUGCCGCUCGACGUCAGCGACCCGGAGGCGGUGCGCCGGUUCGUGCCGGGCCUGCCCGAGGAAUUCCGCGACAUCGACGUCCUCGUCAACAACGCCGGGCUCGUAAGGGGCACGGCGAAGGCGCCGGACAUUGCUGAGGAGGACAUCAACGUCAUGUUCUCCACCAACGUCACGGGCCUGAUCAACAUGACCCAGGCGGUGCUGCCCAUCUUCAAGGCGAGGGGCUCCGAGGGCGGGGCCGGCGAUAUCAUCAACAUCGGCAGCAUCGCGGGGAGGGAGCCGUACGUCGGGGGGUCCAUCUACUGCGCGUCCAAGGCGGCGGUGCGCAGCUUCACCGACAGCCUGAGGAAGGAGCUGGUUGCGACGAGGAUCAGAGUUAUCGAGGUUGAUCCGGGUCAGGUCGAGACGGAGUUCUCGGUCGUGAGGUUCUACGGAGACAAGGACAAGGCGAAGGCCGUCUAUGAAGGCGUCGAACCCCUCACUCCUGAAGAUAUUGCAGAGGUCGUCGUUUUCGCCGCCAGCAGGCGAGAGAAUGUGGUCAUUGCAGACACCUUGGUCUUCCCGAGCCACCAGGCUGCUGUUGGUGUCAUGCACAGAAAGUAA